GAAGCCCCUCUCGCGUUCCUGAGGUUGCGAUCCCGAGUAGGGUAAGGAGUACUAUAUAUAUCGUAUGGAUGUAUAUAUACCUGCUGGGUGCGUGUAGCAAUUGGGUUGACUGGAUUGAUUAGCUUUCCGUCCAUCCAAUCACCGAAAUUGCCUUGUCCUAGGAGUCAGCAGCUUGCUAGCUUAGCUGCCAAAAGUGACGAAGCUAUUACCUUGGAAAUCUAUCCCCUCCCACCAAGAACACUCUCGUUCCUUUCAUCUACCGUUUCCCUGCCUAUUGAUGUGAACGUCAAUAUGAGGUGACACACAACUCCUAUUACGAUCAUCAAAUUCCGAAAGCGUACUUUAAAAUGGUUUCACUGUGGCCCUGGAAGCGCGAGGAUAAUUCUCCUGCCUCCUUUGAAAAAACACUGUCCGCGUUGGCAGAGAAGAUUUCGAAAUCACAGUCACAGCUAGAUUCUCGGAGACUUCGUGGCAGACGUGUGAAAGCAUUAUGGACAUUAUAUUCGAGUUUUGCAUACAUGGUGGUGUUCGUCAUAGCACUUUUAGUGAUCGGCUGGAAGGAUUUGACAGUCUUGGAGUACACUGGUCUUGCGGGAAGCCCCUUGAUAAUCUAUCUCAUUCGAAGUGGCAUUACGAGAUAUUAUGAAUACAGGGUUGAAUCCAUCGCGCGUCGUCUGGAGGAACAACAAGCUGAGAGAACAAAAACCAUCGACAAAUUAAAGGCUGCCACGAAAUAUAACACCACACAAGAGCUUCUAGAGAAAUAUGGUGGCGCUCCACCCAAACCUCCUGCACCGAAGAGAACUGCAUCUGUGAAAAAGACUCCAAAGAAUAAAGAUGCGCAACCCCCACGAACAAGCAUGGGCCCACCUGCGACAGCAAAUAUACCCCGCCCUAACCAAAUUCCGAGUCAACCUUCUACCCCUCAACCACUUGGUAGCAGGACCCCUCCUUCAUUUAUCGCUCCAUCUCCAUCGCCUAUUGCUCCUCGAAGUGAGCCAGGCCCUGCUGAAUUUGCACCAAAUGCAUUUUCGGGUCCAUCUCAAUAUGCACAAGGUCAAUAUGCUCAGAGUGGAGAGUUUGUCGCUGAAGGACACUGGUACGAUCGAGUAUUAGAUUUGUUGUUGGGCGAGGAUGAGACACAUCCAAAGAAUCGCAUGGCGUUGAUAUGCAAAAACUGUCGACUUGUCAAUGGUCAAGCACCACCUGGUACAAAAUCCCUGGCAGAUUUAGGGAAGUGGAGAUGCUUUGGUUGUCGGACCUUGAAUGGGGAGGAAGAUGAAGCUGCAAAGGCCGUACAAGAAAUGAAGGAAAAGAUCCAGGAUACCAACGUAAAGGAAGAAACCCAUUCUGAGCUCGAAGAUAGAAGUACAGAGGAUCCUGAAGAUACACCUGGGAGUGAGGAUAUUGAUCACGAUGAUAUCAAGAAUGAAGAGGAGUCGGAGGAAGAAAAGGUCGAGGUCAAACCAAAACGGGGACGGCCCAAAUCAACCCGCAAAAAAGUCUAACUUGUGGCAAUUGAUCUUAUUUCACUAUGAGCUAUCUACAGGCCAUAUCAUAUCCUUGAUUCCCUUUUGUACCUUAUCCAUCAGAUGGCAAUUUGCCGUCCCAAAAUUCAUUAUCACUUUAUUUUUAGCCA